ACUACCGAAACCAUUCAUUCCCAAAAUUUUGCUACUAAAAAUAACACACAAGAGACAGAUGUGUAUUUUUUAUUUCUUUGUAUACCUCAUAAAAGUGUGUCGAACGCUCAGUUGAAAAGUAUCUUUUAGAGCAUUCAGAUUGAAACAGCUUCUGAACUUGAACUAUUACACGUAAAGGUAAAGACCAGGUAGAUCAAAAUACCUACUAAAAUCCUUGGAAGUCGGUACUCAAAAGGUGCUUCAAAUCAACUUUAUGGGUGGAUUCCCAGAAUUUUCCUCUACGCCUGACAACAUGGUGCAUUGUGGGAGUGAAAUAAAGUGCGUGAAGUAACGUGAAGAACAAAGAUGGUGACAUGGACAGAAUUCCAAAUGAUGUGGUGAUUUCUAGUUUAGACUGUGACGAUCUAAGCUCAAGUGUCGUGGACUAUUCAAUAUUCUAAUGUCAUUUUUAUUAACUCAGCUGUUAAAGGGGUGACUGACAUUACAUUUUUGACGUCUAUAUUGGUUUGGCGAAAAGUACGAAGCUGUUCAACAAAAUUAUAACAAAUAUAUCAGUCUGAAAACCUGCUGAAAGAAAUAUUUUUUACUACAGUACAAAAACAUGAGUGAACUUAGCCAGGAAGAGAUUCGAAGAAGAAGGCUAGCCCGACUUGCAGCGCGUGAGAGCUGUUCGCCAUCGAGCUCUGUCUCUCCACCAGUUACACCUAUCUCUCAAUCUCCAAUCAUAAACAGGACGCAAAGUCCGCUAACCUUUGAAUCUCAUGGUACACCAACUGAAGAGAAAACAUUUGCUGAGGGAAAACAUGCUGGAGACGGUGCUGUUGAAGGCUCGAAAUCGGCCCUUGUGGGUAUAUUCAAAGAGCCCACUGCUCCAAUACCAAUUGAGGUGCCAUCAGGCAGUGCAAAGACCCGUCCGAGGGGGCCUCCGCAAAGAAGUGACUCAGAGACAAGCUCCAUACACAUGGAGGUAGAUGAGACAGUAUGUGGAUCGGUGGACAAGCAGAUGGGGAAUACUGAUAUUGAUUCUGGAUUUGAGAACAUGGAGGUGGACGACUUGGAUCCUGCCGUGGCUCCUCUACCUUCCCCGCACAGCGGCCAGAAGAAAGUCACAAUAGACGCCCCUCCUGCAUCCCCCUCUCCCACUCCUUCACCAGAGGCUUCCCCAGUUUCCAAUACGAUGAUGCCGAGUAAUUCAAGCACCGGACUGCGCAGGCGCACCACGUCCGCCACGGAAAUGUCUGAGCCGCAGUUGCGCGUUAUCGCCGCCAGGGUGCUGCGCAUCGAUCUUGAAAGGCCUGCUGAGAAUAGAGUGUUUGCUAAAGAGACAGCCGCCAAAUUGGAUCAAAGGCCGGAUAUGGCCUUGAAGGAGAUCAUCACAGAGGGGAUGUUGGAAGUCUUGGGGAUGUUUGCGAAGGGAAAGGCCCCUUUCAUCAAAGAGGUGCCAGCGUUCGAAGACCCUCUUCGCGACCAGAACCCCAGCUCAUUCUCAUUUCCGUUGGCAAAUGCGAGCACAUUUUCUUCGGGUCCACCUACCACCUCACAAGGUAGCAUUUCGCCUUCGUGCUCAACAAUAGACGAAAGUAAAGACGAGAUGGCGUUCGCGGCACUUCGGUACUUGAUGGAAGUAUACAACGCAGUCGGUACCGAAGAGAGGAAUCAUCCUAGGAAGUCUAGCGUACCGCCAUUGAAAGAUCUGCUGGCGGAGAUUAGGGCGCAGACGAUUGAAUAUACUACAUUAGUUGUUAGGGGCUACAUAAUUCCAUUAGCAGCAAAACGCCAACCACUGCUCUUACCUGCCAUCUUGCGUCAGUCUAUGCCACGUGGUUUUCUCACGGAACUAGUCGCCAGGACUCAGCAUGACAACGAAGCGUUUUCGGAGGUGUUCUCGCCGGUGUUGCAGGGCUUGUACACGAUGAUGUUGACGGCGAGUGUCAUCGAGGACGAACAUAGAGCCCCCUUGCAGGCGCUCUUCGAACUAACGGAUAUCCGGGUGGGGAACAGGCCGCUGUGCAAGCUGAUCACUGAACAGAAACAGUUCAUGGCAAAACUAGUUCUCCCCACGCCUGGACGCGAGAUCGCACGAGUGUCCUUCUUAGGUCCCUUCUUGAGUGUCUCAGUGUUCGCCGAAGAUGAACCAAAACUGGCCGAGAAAUUCUUUUCGGGCUCAUCCAGCGACAAAGCGCUGGUCAAAAUGCUACAUUCCGAAUUGGAAAAUGUCAGAUCGCUCCAGCACAAGAUAUUUCAUCUGAUGAUCGCCAAUCAGGACAGUAGAGAUCAGAGCUUGAACUAUAUUGCUGAGGUGUUGAAACAUAACGAAAAACGGGCACAAAUCCAGGUAGAAGAAAGGGCGUUAGCCGGCGAUGGGUUCAUGUUAAAUUUGCUGAGCGUUCUACAGAACUUAUCAGUGAAGAUAAAGUUAAGCAGAGUAGAUUUUAUGUAUCCCUUCCAUCCUGAUGCUCAAGUGAGCAUCAAGAACGACACAAGACUGAAGUUUACCUCUCAGGAAGCCGCUGAUUGGCUAGAAGAAUUCGCCAACCAAUCGUCAAGUAAUCAACCAGCCGGUGGCAGCGAAUCCCGUCCCCGUUCGAACUUCUCCACCCUCUGCUGGUUUUUGACGUUGCACUGCCACCAUUUGGCCCUGAUUCCGGCCCUGCACAAGUACCAGCGACGCGUCAGAGCCGCCCGAGAUCUGCAGAAACUGCUCGAUGAAACGGCAGCGGCGGAAGCGCAAUGGCGGGAUACGCCGUUCGCGGAUAGAAAUAGGCAGUUUAUUAGGAGGUGGAAGCAGCAACUUAAGAAGCUCAACAAGGCGAAAUCUUGCGCCGAUGCUGGCCUUCUAGACAAGAACCUGAUGCGUCGCUCCCUAGUGUUCUACACGACAGUAUGCGAGUACCUUCUCAGUCUACUGACGAACACACCUUCUGGUAGUCCCUUACCCCCCAUGCCACUGCCUGCAGAGAUUCCUGGCGCCUUUUGCUCUUUGCCAGAGUGGUACGUCGAAGACAUCGCCGAGUUCCUACUUUUCGCUAUACAGUACUUCCCUAGCGUGAUAGCCGACAACGCCGAGGAAUCUUUAAUCACUUGGCUGCUGGUAAUGAUCUGCACCUCAUCGGCAGUGAAAAAUCCUUACCUUGUGGCCAAACUGGUCGAAAUAAUCUUCGUCACUCUGCCCUCUAUCCAAGUGCGAUGCGAGAAACUGUACGUUAGAUUAAUGAGUCACCAGGUGGCUCAGACAGUGCUGCCGUCUUCACUGAUGAAGUUCUAUACGGAAGUUGAGACUACUGGGAGCAGCUCGGAGUUCUACGAUAAGUUCUCGAUACGAUAUCAUAUCAGUCUUAUAUUCAAGAAAAUGUGGUCGUCUCCGAUACACAGGCAAGCACUAGUUGACGAAUCCCGAACCGGCAUCCAAUUCGUUAAGUUUGUCAACAUGCUAAUGAAUGACACUACUUUUCUCCUCGACGAGUCUCUAGAAUCUCUUAAACGGAUCCAUGAAGUUCAGGAGUUGAUCAGCGACGACGAAACGUGGUCAAAAUUGCCUUCAGAGCAGCAACAAAGUCGCAUGAGACAGCUGAGCUCCGAUGAAAGGCAGUGCAGAUCGUAUCUGACAUUGGCUAGGGAAACAGUGGAUAUGUUCCAUUAUCUUACGGUGGAUAUCAAGGAGCCUUUCUUGAAGCCUGAAUUGAUCGAUAGGUUAGCAUCAAUGUUGAACUUCAAUUUGACGCAACUCUGCGGGAAAAAGUGCAAAGACUUAAAAGUGAGAAAUCCAGACAAGUACGGUUGGGAACCCAGAAGACUGCUCAGCCAACUUGUUGACAUUUACCUGCAUCUAGAUUGUGAUAAGUUUGCUGAGGCGCUCGCAGGUGACGAGCGUUCCUUUAGGAAAGAACUCUUCGACGACGCGGUGAUGCGCUUGGAACGCCUCUCGAUAAAAACGUCCGCCCAGAUCGAGCAGUUCAAGAACCUUUCGGAAAAAGCCUGUCAGAUCCUAGAGAACAAUCAGAAAUCAGAAGACUGGCUAGCGGACGCUCCGGACGAGUUUAAGGAUCCCCUGAUGGACACUCUGAUGACUGACCCUGUGCUGCUGCCUAGCGGACAAAUCAUGGACCGAUCUGUCAUCCUGAGGCAUCUCUUGAACAGCAACACUGAUCCUUUCAACAGGCAGUUGCUUACCGAAGAGAUGUUGAUACCUGCGGACGACUUGAAAGAGAGGAUACGAAUAUGGAAGAUAGAACGAACGUCGAAAUCCAAUUAAAUUUAUUUUUAUACAUUCUCUUCUGUAAACGUAUGUUUGUUUGAUGAAAAUCGUUUUACAAAAACAAUUUAAACAAUUUGUGAUUGAGUAGUAUUCGUCUAAUUUUUUACUUUUUCUACGUCUUGAAUAUACAAGAGAUUUGAAAUUUCUUUUGAUAAAAACAAAUUGUUAAGGCUAAUGAGAAAGAGUUUAUGAUUGCUAUAGAUCUCAUUUUUAAGACCCAAAUGCAUUUUCACAACUAAUCCUCAAACUGCCACGCUGUUCAGAUAAGGAAAAUUUAGUCACAUUUGCAUGUUUUCAUCUCACAAGUAUGCAUUUUUUUUUAGUAUGAUCACUUCUUACGCAAAACGAUUUAAAAAGGAUCUCGAGAAUUGCAAUGUUGCCUUUUUUCAAUGAUGCUUUUUCUAAUUUGUAUUAUUUUUGCUUUGAUCAUAAGUAAGCUUUUUUUUACAUCUUAAACCUGUUGUUUUAACUAUUUUGCGGCCAAAUGCAUUUAUUUACUAGCUUUUUGCCCCGCAGUUUUACCCGUGGAGCGUACCCACUUUUAUUUUGCACCAGCUCUUACCCACGACUUUGUACGCUUGAAGCUGUUUGUAACAUAAAGCGUUUUUAAGUAAUGCUAACUUCCGGUCACGUUUUGUAUCUUUGAUGGCAUUAGUAAAUUGACAGCCAACGGCAUGCUUGGGUAAUUAGGUUACUUUAUUAGUGGCGCUACCUGCAGUCCGCGGGGCAGGACGCUAGCAGACUAUAAAUUUUUGACCAUCCAUGAAGGCAGUAAAUGGUUAACCUUGAAAGUGUAAUUAUUACACAGUGUUUAUACGUUAAAAAUCUAACAUACUUGUGAAUUGAUUUUUGAAAAGUUUACAGACCUUUUUUGCUGGAAAUCCAUAAAAGUUUGCUAAAAGUAUCGUUCAUUGAAAAACAAUGAUUUGUUUAUUCGGGUCAGUUUUCUGAUAGAGUGGGAGAGAUUUCUGAGAGUUUACUGUACAUAGUCAGUUGGUAGAGCAUUCUGUGAAAUGUAUGAUGUAUAUUGUAAGAGUUAUGGAAUUUUUAUUGAAACUAAUUUGAUUAUUUCUGGUCGUAACUUGUUCAUAUAUUUUUGUUCUUCUUAGAAUAAUCAAAUUUGUUUUGAGUAUAUUGAAGUUUUUUUAUAAAGAAUCCUUAGUUAUAGUGACAUAGAAUAAAAAAUUUGUAAAAA